AUGGAAGUGGAACUCACUUACGUGCUUUCCAUCUUAGUGGUAAUUGGUUUCGUGUACCGUUGGUUAAGCAAAACCCAAGAUUAUUUCCGCGACAAACCGAUCCCUACGAUUCCGAUUAAACCCGUCAUAGGUAGUACAGGACCCCUACUAUUUAAGCACCUGUCAUUACCCGAAUUUAUCAAGCCCCUCUACGAUAAAUAUGCGGGUUCAAAAGUUGUUGGUUUGUUCGACACCAACAUUCCGAUGUACGUGCUUCGUGAUCCGGAAUUGAUUAAGAAAAUCGCCGUGAAAGAUUUCGAUCACUUCAUGGAUCAUCGGCCGCUGUUCGGUGAGAAUCACCCGGAUGGUUCGGAAAUGUUGUUUCCGAAAACGCUAUUUGCGUUAAAUGACCAGAAGUGGAGGAACAUGCGGGCGACGCUGAGCCCGGCCUUUACCGGGUCCAAAAUGCGUCUGAUGUUUGAUUUGGUGCUGGAGUGCUGCGGAAGUAUGGUUAAAUUCUACCAGAAGGAAAUUGGCACACAAACCGGACGGGAAUAUGAGAUGAAGGAUGUGUUUUCCAGGUUCACGAACGAUGUAAUUGCUACCACUGCAUUCGGAAUCAAAGUGGAUUCCUCGCAACACCCCGACAACGAGUUCUACGCUCAGGGAAAGAAAAUGACGCAAUUUACCCGCCUGUCGGUGGUGCUACGGGUUAUUGGCUAUAGGCUUAUCCCAUCGGUGGUUGGUUCGCUUGGAUGGGACAUAAUCGAUCAAGAGCAGAGGGAAUAUUUUUCUUCGCUUAUUAGGGAAGCAGUGAAGACACGAGAAACGCAAGGAAUCGUUCGACCGGAUAUGAUCAACAUCCUCAUGCAGGCCAGAAAAGGAUUGCUUCAACAUCAGAAGGAAUCCGAACAAAAUGAAGGAUUUGCAACGGUUGAAGAAUCAGAAGUGGGAAAAGCACGUGUCUCGAAACAAAUGACUGAAACGGAAAUGAUAGCUCAAUGUUUGAUUUUCCUCUUAGCUGGAUUUGACACCGUGUCAACCUGUCUAACCUUCCUGAUGUACGAGCUUACUCUGAACCGAGAUGUUCAAGAUAAACUGUAUGAGGAAAUCAUGGAGACACAUCAAUCGUUGAACGGAAAAUCCUUGAGUUACGAUGCACUACAGAAGAUGAAGUACAUGGAUAUGGUAGUGUCUGAGGGCCUUCGAAUGUGGCCUCCACUAGCGGCAAUCGAUCGGCUGUGCGUUCGGGAUUACGCACUGGAUGACGGUGAAGGUUUGCGGUUUACCAUCGAUAAGGGUGCCGGAAUUUGGUUUCCAAUACAUGGUUUACAUCACGAUCCAAAGUACUAUCCAUCGCCGGAAAAGUUCGUACCGGAACGGUUCAGUGACGAGAACAAGUCAAACAUCAAUCUUGGCGCUUAUCUACCGUUCGGAAUUGGACCACGGAACUGUAUCGGGUCCAGAUUUGCUUUGAUGGAAGUGAAAGCAAUAGUGUAUCAUAUGUUGAAAAGUUUUACUUUCGAAAGAACUCGCAAUACUGAGGUGCCACUGACACUUAAAAAAGGAUUUGCGGGAACGGUUGCCGAGAAGGGUGUAUUCGUUGAAUAUAGACCGCGGACGCGGGUUCUCAAUGCAAGUGGUGUUCUGAAUGUCGAUUCGGGUGAGAAGAUAAAGAAAUGGGAGACAUAA